UGGGUAUAUACGGUACUUGUUUUGUGUAAUACCAGAUGCCGUGUUCUAACUUGGAAUCAUUUCUAUUCUCACUACAGACUCAUCAGGUCGCUGUGAGAAUUGUGUGUUCACCUGUUUUAUAUUACGAGAGCUAGGAAGAAAUAACAGGAUAAAACAAAAUGCGUGAAUGUAUCUCUAUCCACGUCGGGCAAGCCGGGGUACAGAUAGGUAAUGCCUGUUGGGAAUUGUAUUGUCUGGAACAUGGUAUCCAGCCCGACGGCACCAUGCCCAGUGAUAAGACAGUCGGAAGUGCUGAUGACUCAUUCAAUACGUUUUUCAGCGAAACUGGAGCUGGGAAACACGUUCCGAGAGCAGUCUUUGUAGACCUUGAACCAACUGUUGUCGAUGAAGUCCGCACUGGAAUUUACCGCCAACUGUUUCACCCGGAACAACUUAUAACAGGCAAAGAGGAUGCCGCUAAUAAUUACGCCCGAGGACAUUACACCAUUGGUCGUGAAAUCGUUGAUCUUGUUCUGGACAGGAUUCGCAAGUUGUCAGACCAGUGCACGGGACUCCAAGGCUUUCUGAUUUUCCACAGCUUCGGUGGCGGCACCGGCUCCGGGUUUGCAUCACUUCUAAUGGAACGUUUAUCUGUUGACUACGGUAAGAAGUCCAAACUUGAGUUCGCUGUUUAUCCAGCCCCUCAGGUUGCUACUGCGGUAGUUGAACCAUACAACUCUAUCUUGACCACACACACUACGCUUGAGCACUCAGACUGUGCUUUUAUGGUUGAUAACGAGGCAAUUUACGACAUUUGUCGCCGUAACCUUGACAUAGAGAGGCCAAGCUACACUAACCUUAAUCGUCUGAUUGGUCAAAUUGUUUCAUCGAUCACUGCAUCUCUUCGAUUUGACGGAGCUCUUAACGUUGAUCUUACCGAGUUCCAAACUAACUUGGUACCAUAUCCACGUAUUCAUUUCCCCUUGGCGACAUACGCACCAGUUAUCUCAGCAGAAAAGGCUUAUCAUGAGCAGUUAUCUGUUGCUGAAAUUACCAACGCUUGCUUCGAGCCAGCCAACCAGAUGGUGAAAUGUGACCCACGUCACGGCAAGUACAUGGCAUGUUGUAUGUUGUACCGUGGUGAUGUUGUCCCCAAGGAUGUUAAUGCCGCUAUUGCAACAAUUAAGACGAAGAGAACCAUCCAGUUUGUCGACUGGUGUCCAACUGGUUUCAAGGUCGGUAUCAACUACCAACCACCAACAGCGGUACCAGGUGGGGACCUCGCCAAGGUACAACGUGCGGUGUGUAUGUUGAGCAACACCACAGCCAUAGCCGAGGCCUGGGCUCGUCUAGAUCACAAAUUUGAUCUUAUGUAUGCUAAGAGGGCGUUUGUUCACUGGUACGUUGGCGAGGGCAUGGAAGAGGGCGAGUUUGCCGAGGCUAGAGAGGAUCUUGCUGCGCUCGAGAAGGACUAUGAGGAAGUUGGUGUCGACUCCAUAGAAAAUGAAGGAGACCUUGAUGAAGAAGAAUAUUAAGCUGAAAUUCUGUUUAAAUUCUAGUCCAUUAUAAAAGACAGAUACUCCUUUCACAAAAUGAACACAACAGAUAUGUCUAUGCAGUAAAUAACAUUUAUAAGAUAAAUUACAUGUUGUUAAUCAGUUUCAACUUUGUAUGAUAAUUCUACAUUAUGUAUAAACUUCUGAGACAGUGUCCUACAGAGGUUUCUAAACAUGCCAGUCACGUGCUUUUAUAUAGUUUUGUCUGAUGAUUUUAUUUGUUUUAGUUUUCAAUACAGAUUUCUAUUCUUAUUAAACAAAUUUGGUGCACGAGAUGAUUUAUAUAAAUGCCGUUUUUAAAAAUCAAUAAAACCGUUCCAGAAUCCGA